CGCAGCGCGGGAGGCCGCGCGGGAGGCAGCGCCUGAGGCAGCGCGAGCCGCCGCCGCCGCCGGGAUGGGGCUGCCGCUGCCGCUGCUGCUGGCGGCGCUGGCGGCCGGUGCCGCUCUCGAGCAGCCCCGCGGGCCCAAGGAGCUGUGGGGGUACGUGCAGGUGCGGAGCCAGGCCCACAUGUUCUGGUGGCUCUACUACGCCGACAGCCCCGGCAAGGGCUUCGCGGAGCUGCCGCUCGUCCUCUGGCUGCAGGGAGGUCCAGGAUCUUCAGGCUGUGGAUUUGGAAACUUUGAAGAGAUUGGUCCAUUAGACAAAGAAAUGAAACCAAGAAAUACGACCUGGUUGCAGGCAGCCAGCAUCCUGUUUGUGGAUAAUCCUGUGGGUACUGGAUUCAGUUAUGUAGAUGAUUGUAGUUUGUUUGCCAAAAACAUUACAGCAGUAGUCUGUGAUAUGAUGGUUUUUCUUGGAGAAUUCUUCAGGUCUAGGACAGAAUUCCAGACCAUCCCAUUCUACAUAUUUUCUGAAUCUUACGGAGGUAAAAUGGCUGCUGGCAUUGCUUUAGAGCUGCAUAAGGCAGUUCAAAAAGGGAGCAUAAAGUGCAAUUUUGUUGGAGUUGCUCUUGGAGACUCAUGGAUUUCUCCUCUAGAUUCUGUGCUGUCUUGGGGACCCUACCUUUAUAGCACCUCUCUCCUUGAUGAUCAAGGUCUAGCAGAGGUGACUGCUGUUGCCAAAGAAAUAAUGGUGGCAAUAAACAAAAAUCAAUACGGACUGGCCACUGAGCUCUGGAGCAAGGCUGAAGGUGUCAUUGAAGAGAAUACAGACAAUGUGAACUUUUAUAACAUCAUGACUAAGGAUGUUCCACAAAUCGAAGCAAAUGAACAAGAAAAUCUCCAUCUCAUUAGACUUUAUCAGCGCCAUGUCAAAAGCAUGCAUAAGGACAGCCUAUAUGAUUUUAUGAAUGGACCUAUCAGAAAGAAGCUAAAAAUUAUUCCAGACUGUGUGAAAUGGGGAGGUCAGUCCAAACAAGUCUUUAUAAACAUGGCUGAGGACUUCAUGAAACCGGUCAUUGAUAUCGUUGAUCAGCUUUUGGCAGCUAAUGUCAAUGUUACAGUCUAUAAUGGGCAGCUGGAUCUCAUUGUUGACACCAUGGGCCAGGAAGCAUGGAUUCGGAAACUGAAGUGGCCUAAUUUGGAUCAGUUCAGCCGGCAAAGGUGGAAGGCUCUCCACGUGUCUCCAGAAUCCACUGAGACAGCCGCUUUCCACAAGACCUAUGAGAACUUUGCUUUCUUCUGGAUUCUUAAGGCUGGGCACAUGGUACCAUCCGAUCAAGGAGAAAUGGCGCUGAAAAUGGUCAGGAUGGUGACCCAACAGAAGCACUAGGGAAGGGGAGGCCAGCUGGCCUCUGCUUGAGUCAUCCAGCUGGAUUAGAAGCUGAAGACGUGGAGCUGCCAGGAUAGAAGAGUUGCCCUGGAGGGUUUACAGUCCUUCCUGUCUCACUGAGGUGCCUGAGUUAGGAUCCAAGACUCUUCAGGCUUCCUAGGCUAUGGAAAGAGAGAAACAUCCCCUAGAGGAGGAUAUGACCUUUGACGUUUCUCAUCUGACCAAUUACUUCUUCAUUUUGUUCUCUUUAAUGACCGUCAACCAAAAUUUUGCCUUUAACCGUAACAUCUAACAGCAUAUCCAACAGGAGCUGCUUUCUGCUUUCCCUUAUGCUGAAGCAGAAGCCCUGUAACACCUUCCUGAGCAGAGGAGAGUCCUAAUGGAUAAAAGUCUGACAGCUUCUGAACUUAAAAGUGGAAAGAAGAGCAUUACUUUAGCAAUAAUAGAAUAAUUCUUGAAGACAAUAGCCAUAUUUAAAAGAAAAUAUUUAAGCUAGAACCAAUAUCUUUAUCCGUAUUUUUCUAGACCGAGUCUUGCCGACCUAUAAUGUUACAACUUUUUUAACAGUAUAAUGUCAAGAGAAGACUUGAUCAGACAUCAUUUGACCUCUGCUUUGGAGCACAAAGUGACUGGUCUUUAUCUGUGUCUGUAGGAGGCACAACAGCUUGUUCCAGUUGUCAGAAUCCUAAAUAAAUAGCAACCUUCUAAUUUCUCCAGCAACUGAAACUGUCACGAAAUGUUUAAUAAUGUUGGCUUAGCAAGGACUGAGUCAUAAUGCUAUGUAAACACAUACACAGUCACCCAGCAGCUGGAGUAUCGGUACCUAAUAAUUGCCUUCCCUUUUCCUUUUUUUCUGCUUGAGCUGUAUUCAUGUGAACUUUGGCAAUGCAAAUCUAGAUUUCUUUUUUAAAGACAAAAUUUUCAAUAAAUUCAGUAGGUUUUA